AUGACAGUCGCUCAACAGCUAGAAGGCUACUUCCAGAACUAUGCAGCCGUGAAAAAGGACAUUUUGAGCAUCAUGAAGAACGAAGCUUAUGACGAUGGGUCACUGGGACCGAUACUCGUGAGACUGGCAUGGCAUGCUAGUGGCACAUAUGACAAGAACACGAAAACUGGUGGUUCCAACGGCGCGUCGAUGCGUUUCGCACCUGAAUCGACAGACCCUGAGAACAAUGGACUUCAAAUAGCAAGAGCCUUCUUGGAAACUGUUCGAAGCCGACAUCCUUGGAUUAGUCGAGGUGAUUUGUGGACUCUGGCAGGUGCUACUUGUGUUGAAGCAAUGGGAGGCCCCAAGAUACCGUGGAGAUCAGGCAGAAUAGACAUCGAAGCGACCAAAGUCAAACCAUCCCAAGUACCUGAAAACGGCAAAUUACCCGAUGGAGCUUUCGGCCCUGAAAAACUACGAGCAACAUUCUACAGAAUGGGAUUCAAUGAUCGAGAGAUUGUCGCGCUAAGUGGCGCACAUGUUCUUGGACGAUGUCAUAAAGCAUGGUCGGGAUAUGAAGGCAAAUGGGUAGAGAAUCCUACCGAGUUCUCGAACGAGUACUUUCAUGGAUUGAUUUAUGAAAAGUGGUUUCCGAAAGAAUGGGACGGCAAGUUCCAAUAUGAGAACGACGAAGGAGAAAUGAUGCUGCCAUCUGAUAUGGCACUAGUUGAAGAUCCAGAGUUUAAAAAGUAUUGCCAAAUAUACGCUGACAAUCAAGAGACCUUUUUCAGAGACUUUGCUGCAGCAUAUGGUAAAGUGUUGGAAUUAGGAGUCACUCGACGUUAA